CUUUGACCAGUGAUGAUUGCAUUAGAAUAUCUUUGUUGGGCAUGCCGAGUGAGACUUAAACAUGCUUGUAAUUUGUAGCUCUUUGAAAGAUCAAGAAGUUCGUUUUUUUGUUUUCUGUUUCUGAGAAAGAAGGACAAACAAUUAAGGAAAUUAACAAGAGAUUGAAAUAGUAGUUGAUUUUAUAGAAUUUGAUGUCAAAAUUUUGAGAAGAAGGAUCAGAGAGACCGUAGAAGGUUGGUUUUAGAAAUGAGAAGUGAAGAGGUUGUGUUGUCGUUCUCCUUUCUUUUUCUCUGGCUGUCGAUAUGCUUCGAAAUAUGUUAUGGAAGAGAUACUCUGAAGGUUAACCAGAAGAUAACCCAGGACUCCGAAGGAAACCUUUUUUCAUCAAACGCCACAUUUGAGCUGGGCUUCUUCUCUCCCGGUGAGGAAAGUGGAGAGAAAAGAUACCUGGGGAUAUGGUAUCACGGCUUGGAACCACAAACAGUGGUGUGGGUUGCCAACAGAGAUCAUCCCGUUGCAGAUUCCAGUGGAGUUUUUCGAAUUGCGGAGGAUGGAAAUCUCGUGGUAGAAGAUGCAUCAUCCAAAACCCACUGGUCCUCCAAACUUGAAGCUAACUCGUCCGCCAACAAAACACUGAAGCUCCUAGAUUCGGGGAAUCUAGUACUAAUACAGGAUGACUCUGAAACCACAUAUCUGUGGCAAAGCUUCCAAAACCCAACAGACACGUUUCUUCCCGGCAUGAAAAUGGAUGCGACUUUGUCGUUGACUUCUUGGAGAGACUCCGCUGACCCAGCACCUGGGAACUUCACUUUCAAAAUGACUCAAAAGGCUGAGAAACAACGCUUCGUUGUGCAAUAUCAUUCACACAUCUACUGGGCACCUUAUGAACUUGGCACAGAAGCGGCUUCCCAGAAGGUAUUUGAUUUGUUGCACAACACCACCUGGAAUAGUACAACGUACAAAUAUUCUAACAAAACAGUCUUCGUAUCAAAGCCUUACAUGUACAAUAAGUCAAGGCUGGUAAUGAGUUAUAGCGGGGAGAUAGUGUUUCUGAAGUGGGACGAGAAACCAUUACAAUGGAAUAAGAAAUGGUUUGGACCAGAGGACAAGUGUGACAUAUAUGAUUAUUGCGGGAGCUUCGGCAUAUGUAACAGAGAUAACCUUCGGUGCAAAUGUUUGCCAGGAUUCAGUUCUGUUCAAGGUUUGCAUUCUGAUCGAGAAUCGGAGUCCCAAGGAUGUGAGAGAAAAUCAAAGCCGUGUAACAGUACGAACGAGGACGUGUGGUUCCUGAACUUAACCAAUAUAAAAGUGGGGAACUCAGACCAAGAAAUUUAUACUCAAACAGAAGCAGAAUGUCAAUCCAUGUGCAUCAACAUGUGUCCCGAACCACAGUGCCAGGCAUAUUCAUUUAAUACUUCUACGUAUGGUGACCGUAGUUCAUACUCCUGCUAUAUCUGGACGGAGCCUUUAACUUCUCUUGUUGAGAACAACCCGCGCGGUCGUGAUCUUUCUAUCUUGGUUAAGAAAUCAGACAUAGCACCAACUGCUAAAUCCUGUGAACCUUGCGGCACAUAUGCGAUUCCUUAUCCCCUGAGCACUGGGCCAAACUGCGGCGACCCCAUGUACCACAACUUCAAUUGCAACAAAUCCUCCGGCAUAGUUAGCUUCAUGAUGCCCGGAGGAAAAUCAUACCCAGUUACUUGGAUUGAUGAAGCUACCAGAAUUUUUUCCAUUCAAACAGGCGAAUUCUAUGCUUUUAAUUCCAUUUUCAGCAAUCAAAAUAGCACUGAUUUUCCGUUUACUAGAACCGAGUUCUUUGAAGAUACCGAAGUAAUAAUCACUUGGCUACCUCCGCGAGAACCGCCGUGUACUACGCUUAUAGAUUGCAUGAAUUGGCCACAUUCGACAUGCAGAACAGGGGAAGGUGCAAGUAGGUGCUAUUGUGAUUCAAACUAUAAUUGGAAUAAAACAAUUAUGAGCUGCACCCGAGAAGAACCAUCAGGAAAAAUGGAAUUGAUUCUUUUAGCUACUCUUUGUUCUCUGGCUGCUAUGACAUGCAUCAUAGCAUUUGGCAUUGUGUGGAGAAAGAAAAAAACCCGUAAACUUGAUGGAGCAAGCACCCGAAUUCAGGAGAGCUUGUAUGAGAGUGAAAGACACGUGAAAGGUUUGAUUGGCUUAGGAAGUUUAGAAGAAAAAGACAUCGAAGGCAUUGAAGUGCCUUUUUACACUUUUGCAAGCAUUCUCGCAGCUACCGAUAAUUUCUCAGAUUCUAACAAGCUUGGAAGAGGAGGUUACGGACCUGUUUAUAAGGGAACUUUUCCUGGAGGUCAAGAAAUAGCUGUGAAGAGACUUUCAAGUGUUUCCACUCAAGGCCUGCAAGAAUUCAAGAAUGAGGUUAUUUUGAUUGCCAAACUUCAACAUCGGAACCUUGUUAGACUGAGGGGCUACUGCAUAAAAGGAGAUGAAAAAAUUUUACUCUAUGAAUACAUGCCAAAUAAGAGCUUGGACUCAUUUAUAUUUGACCGUAGUCGAACUAUACUCUUGGAUUGGCCAAUGCGGUUUGAGAUAAUUGUAGGCAUUGCACGAGGCAUGCUAUACCUUCAUCAAGACUCUAGAUUGAGAGUGAUUCAUAGAGACCUGAAAACCAGCAACGUUCUCCUUGACGAGGAAAUGAAUCCAAAGAUAUCAGACUUUGGUCUUGCCAAAAUAUUUGGAGGAAAAGAAACCGAAGCAAGUACAGAGAGAGUGAUGGGAACCUACGGAUACAUGGCUCCAGAGUAUGCUUUGGAUGGACUUUUUUCAGUGAAAUCUGAUGUUUUCAGCUUUGGGGUGGUUCUGUUGGAGAUUCUUAGCGGAAAAAGGAACACAGGAUUCUAUGAGUCCAAACAAAUUUCCAGCCUUUUGGGUUAUGCAUGGAAGUUAUGGUCAGAGAAGAAGUUACUUGAUUUAAUGGAUCCUAGCCUUGGUGAAACAUGCAACGAAAAUCAAUUCUUCAAGUGUGCAGUUGUUGGGCUACUAUGCAUACAAGAUGAACCAAGUGAUCGACCAACUAUGUCAAAUGUUUUGUACAUGCUUGACACAGAGACAACAAGCAUGCCAAUUCCCACACAGCCAACAUUUUUUAUGAACAAGCGUUAUUCUAGCUUAGCUUUGUCUUCUAGCAAACCAGCGACAAGUCUGCAAUUUGACAGCAGUUAUAAUCAUGGCCGAUAAGUGAUCAAAGCUUAAGAUUUAAUACAUGAAAACUAUAUCUUUUUAUUUUAGUUGUAUUUUAUAACGAAUUAGGGUUAUUGGUAUCAUGAAAACUAUAUCACGAAUUAGGUGCAGAACAAGGAUUACAUUUAAUAUUCUCUUUUA